CUAUGAAUCCUUCCACAAUUUCCUCGUCUUAAAUAUUAAGAGAUUUUCUAGUUGAUCCAACUUCCAUAGAUUAAAAUUUAUUGUGUUUGAUAUGUUAAGAAUUAGUUGUUGAUCCUAAGGAGUGCAGUUAAUGUCAAAAUCUAUUUUGUUCAGAAUGCAUUGCAUCAUGGCUUGAAAAGAAAAGUAUUAUCAAAUAUUGAAUUUUAUAGAGACCUGUCCAUAUAAUUGCAGUAAGGAAAUUGAAUUGAAAAACCCUCAUCGUAUAGUCAAAAACUCAAUUUCUCAAAUAGAAGUAAAAUGUUUAAAUAAAGGAUGUGGCAAAUAAAUGUAAAUUUAAAAUCUAGAUUCCCAUCUGCAACAAUGUGAAUACUAAGAAAAAAAAUGUCCUUUUCCGGAUUGUGAUUUUAAAGACAUUUAAAAAUAAAUAAAGCUUCACGAAUAAAUUUGUGAACACAGAAUAUAAAAUUGUAAGAAAUGUGAUUCAAAGUAUAAAGUCAAUUAAGAACAUGAUUGUCUAGUCUAAUUGCUUUAGAAAUUGAAAUUAUAGGAAGAGAACUUCUAAGUCUAUUAACAGAAAACUGAUUAAGUUAUAAGGGAUUUGGUUACAAGACUAACUAAAUUAGAAGAUUCCUAAAAAAGACCCAAUAAACCAAAAUGUUUCGAAGGACAUGAGUUAAAAUGGAUAUAUCCUAAAUAAGGAAUUUAAUGUGAGUCUUGCAAAUACGCUAAUGAGAAUAUAAGAUAUGUUUGUGAAAUUUGCAGAGCAGCGUAUUGCUAGAAAUGUAAGAUGCCAGAAUUCAAUGCAAACAUUUGUCCUGCUCAUCACAUUUUAUAAUUUUCGCAGAAAGUACAUAUUAAUUAUAUGCUAGCCUGCGUUUGGCUUGAAAUGCGAUUUCUGUAGACAUAACAUUUAUUCUAAAGGUGACUCUGUUUACAGUGAUCGAACUUGUGAUUUCGAUAUUUGCAAUAGUUGCUUUUAGAAAUUAAAAUUAAUUAAGUGAGUG